CUAGCGCGGCCUGCAGCAGCUCGCGAGGCGCGCGCCAGGGCGGCCCCCCGCUCGCCACCAGCAAGAGCGAGGACAGGGCCUCGGUGGAGCGGGGGUCUUCCACGGAGGGCAAGGCCAACGAGAUAUGCCCCUGGGAAGACGAGGAAAGCUGUAAGGUGGACGAGCCGUUUACGAAAAAAUACUCCCAUUUUGGAUACUUGUAACACAUUUGGCCUUUAAAUUUAAUGUUUCUUUUGUAUGUAUAAGUCGGACUAUGUACCUUUAAACUGUAUCAAAGGAUUGGUUGUGAAGACUAUUAUGAGCACAAUGCAAGGAACAAUCAAGUAACACAGAACGUCAGAAGGGGUGUGAGCUCGACGGAGUCAGUGUGCAAUGUGACUGACAGACUGACCCCUGCGACGGCAACUCCCGCGCGUCUCCGUGAUGUGGAUCCCCCUCCCUUUUCGUUGUCGGUCCCGCUUUCUCGCGGUCCAGGCUUCCUGCACUGGUAGAACUGUAAAGUCUUCUGCAUGCUUGGUUGAAGCGCGCCACUGCGCUUGGGUUCUACCAGUGCCCCAGCGACCACUAGGUGUGCCAAACUCAGUGCGGGAGAGACGCCCUCGCGACCAGCUGCGCGACUUGGGUCCGCUGUGCCGCGCCAGUUCGAGGCAGUCCGAGGCAGCCGUGCCAACGCAGUCGCACCGCUUUCGUAGAGGGCGGCGCGUACAGUCGCGCUAAACGCCCUUUCCCUCUUCGCUUUCGGCAAAGUCGCCAGCCUGGCCGUACGACGCCCAUCGGCGGGUAGUCUCGUGACUUUGAAACCUCGCGACCGUGAUCGUAGUGCCGAGCCGGGCGAGGGACUCCCGGAGCAUGGCGGCCAUGUCAACCGGCCAGCCAGCCAGCCUCGAGGAAGACGCGCUCCGGCAGGCUCGCCGUCGAACCUGAGCCCUGAGGCGGUCCCUGCGGCGGGGGCGCCCCCCCGAGGCGGCACACUGCUCCACCGCCACCGAGCCCCGCCCGGCCGGCCUCCACUCAGUCUAUAAGGCAGUCCUUCCCCGCGGGAGACACAUAUAUAGUCCACCAUUAUUCAUCCUAGUGUGCGCACGUUUUAUCUAUCCUACUCUAGCGAUGUGUGUGUGCGUGUGUGUGUGUGUCGUAGGUGCACCCUAGCACGGUGGUGUGAGGGAUGGCUGGCGCCGCGGUGUGCCGCCCGUCUUGACAGGGAGCGGGGCCCGUCCUGCAAGUCUGCCACACUGGCAGAGCCGCGCGGCAGCUCGAUCCUGAAGGGCUGGCCGCCUAGCCACUCGAAACUGCGCCAGGGCCGCCGCCUCCCCGACAGGCACGGCGAGACACACCAGGGCGGCCGCCGCCGCGGCGCGCAGCUUGUUGAUCCUAUUUAAGAUUUGAUACCUUUCUCUUAUAAAAAAAUUCAAAAAAAUAAUGGACAAGUAGCUUUAUAUUACUUCUCAAACGGUUGGCAAACACAAAGGAGCGUGUUUUCAAUAUAUAACCAUAUGAAUACUUUGCUUUGUGUCAAAAUAUAACCAUUUAGUAUCCUAUUACUCUAUCAUGAUUAUCAUUAUAUAAUGUGUAUUAACGUAACAAAUAUUCUUAAUCUCGUAAUCUUUAGUGUUUAAGGAUAGCUCCCGGAACGUCUGCCUUAUUGACUCUUUUAGUUCCUCCGCCUUCUGACUUUAGUUGCAGCAGUCAAGUAGUUUUGAUUGUGGUGGGUGAUGGCUCGGGGCAGGGGGGUAAGCGCGCCCAACUAAGACGGAGAGACAGGUCUCCGUCAAGGCCUCCCCCUGCCGCCACGCCAUCGCUCGACAGACCUGUGUCGACUGCAUCUCACCAUCGGGCACUGCCAGAGCUGGCACGCCGGGCGCGAGGAGCCCAGCCUGGUGUGAGUGGCCCAAGUUUCGACUUUCCCCGAAGUUGAUCGAGUCAAAAACCGAACGUCUCGCCUGCCACCCGCCCCUGGCUGGGACGCACCCAAUGUCGAACGAGGCGUCUGUCCCGCAUCCUCCACCCCUCUAGUCUCACGCACAGUAGCAAAACCACACCUGAACCCAGUUUGGACUUGCUUUGGAGCAGUCAUGGUUUUCGUUCACAUCGGAAACCCCCUUUUGUAAUUUUCUCCUGAUCCACAUCGCAAGGGCGCGGGACCCGUCUGUGUUGCAGCCAUUUUCCAUGCGGGUCAUGUCGAGGCCGAUUUUAAUCAGUGUCCCAGCACUGCCUCAUGGCCUCAUGGACCGCGCCGUCACGAGUCUGUGUUACUUGGGAGGGGUGUACUUGUGUUUACCCGCACACGGUGCUUUUUCUAAAAAAAAAUAAAUAAUAAUGCCGUCUUUUAAGCAUAGUGUGAUAUAGAUAAUGCACUUGUGUGUAAAAGUGCCGUUUCGCAGUUGUUGUAAAAAUAUUCACGCGUAAUUUCUGGGAUUCUCAUUUUUUUUAAAUAGAAUUUGGAACUCCUUUCGGGAUCUCUGUAGUACACGCGAAUAGGGAAAACCGGUACAGGUCACAGGUGAGGUGUGUUUCUUGUUUGGUAUGUGCUUCGUGAUUGUUUCAAUGAACUGUUGGUGAUCCUCGUGGGUUUCGAGGUGAUAGGUGAUAGCAAGGGAUUGCCCAUGUUAUCACCCUUACUCGAGGCUUUUGCUGACUACAGGCCACGCGAUGGCCCAAGCGGGGAAUACUCUAAAAAAAGGCUUUUUGUGUUAACUAUUGCGCAAUGGUUCGGGUGGUUUUUUUCAGUGCGGUACAUCUUUGCACGGAAAGGGACGGUGACAAUAUUUAAAACUAGGAAAUUUCUAAAUUGUUGCAAGUACUUACCAAAAAAUGUGUUUUAGUUAUGUUUCCCUCUUGGCACACCGAAUCCGCGGGGUCGAGGUGUCAUCGUAGAGGGUGUGGUGCUAUGGCGAGGCCACGUUGAGAGCCAGUCAAGUGACGGAAUGCCGUUUGCGUCCUUUGCAAAUGGCUGGAGUCGCCUGGCAAGCUGCCAGCUCGGGUCCUCAGCCACACUUAGGAGCAUAUCAUUAUAAAUGAUUUUUCAUUUUGUAUUUCUUGGCAUGCUAAUAGGAAUUGAUGUGCUGUCCUAGACGUGUUCGCUGUUUUAAGGUGGUAAAUUGCUGGGAUUUGAGAAUUCUGUCAGUAGCAGCUUCGAGAAGUUUUGUUUUGAUUAAAUCCAUAAACGGUACUAGUUUCUAAGGGACUUGAUCACUUUUUAAAUGCACAACAUUUCUAACCUCUAUUUGCGUUUUGAUAAAGGUUUCUUUCGUGUAGGAUGUGCCUUAAUGUAUUAAGACGCACUGACUAUACGCCAAUGUCGCAGACGUCAAAUUUUGUGCCGCUGAAAUUUUAAAUAAAACUCCAGGUGCUACAGUAAAAUUCACCCUUGAGCAAAAUCUAUGUAUGACUAGCAUGAAAAUUAUAGAAAAUUUUAAUCUUCCGGAUUUUAGCUAUUAUUUCUGAUUAGAAAAUUUCGCUCUACUCUAAAGAUGGCCACUGAUUACUCAGUAUUUUAAAAUCAAGAGCUUUGGAUUUUUUAGGCUUAGACCAAGCCUUUCUGUUUAGGCAGCCACCCGUCUGCAAGAUUGUACCAUAGCUGAUCUAGUUAAAGGUGUACAUACCUCUCAGUCGAGGAAAAUCGGGCAUUGUGGUCAAGUGAUGUGAGUAUGUCGUUGUGUCGACGGCAGUCGCUUUUGGGUAGGGGCAUACUUUUUAUAUUGUUGUAUCAUAGUUCUUUGUCGCGGAUUAUUUUGUAAGAUGGCCUAUGUACCGUGUUUAUAUUUCGGUUUGUGACGACUUAAAAGCUAAUGAACCAAGAUUUAAUUGUUGAUAUUGCCAUUUGUAGAUUAUCGUUCGUACGAGUUUUCGAAGGACUUUACUUUGUGUGAAGACGUAAAUGAUCGUUAAUAUAAACAAAUAAGUGUGAUUCGUAUUAUAGCGUGGCCGAUUGUCAUAUUCAAUCAUAUUCAAACUUAUUUUGCCUGGCAAUUAUCAAACGUUCCACUCGAAACAUUUCUGUGAAACAAAAGCAUUUCUGCGGCAAAGCGUCUCCCCUUUCGCGUUGCGAUGGGAACGAGACUAGAACACGCCGGCUGUUGGACGAUCUGACGAAACCUGAAGCCGUUUGUAACACCAAGUAGGUUGUAUUACUCAAAGAGACUGUUGAGAUCUGCUAUCACUCUCCAUGACUGUUUUAUAAUGGCACGUAAUUGCUCUUAUUAUGAUUCAAAAUUGUUUUCAUUUCCUUCUCCUUUUUACUUUUUUAAAUGAACGACAUUUUGAAGGUAUGGCGCGAAAACCUACAAUGACACUCAUGUCGAGCAGUUUCAAGGAAAUAGAGACUUGAGAGUUACUUCUUUCGGGCGUCGAACCCUUUUCAGAGUAACCCUUGGCAGUCUAGGCAACAGCUCAAUGUCCCGCAAAAGUACAAUCUACAAAUUGAACCAUAGAUUCAUUGAGAGUGGUAGCUGGAUGGAUCGGGGAUAAUUUUUGGCACGAUUUUUGUGAAGGCGAGCGGCGAUCCCUUGUAUCGACUUAAAAAUGAUAGGAGUACUGUAAUAGAUUUAAGAUGGUAGAAGGAGAAAACCGUUCUUUCAGCCGAAGAUAUUUGUUUAGUGAUAGACGUGCUCUCAAAAUACCAGUUUUUCUUUUCGGUGUAAUUUCAAUAGCAUCAUACGGAAUAACGGUAUUGUCUGUAGUAAAUCAUGAUGGUAUAUAGGCAACUUAAGUCUUUUAAAUAUAUUAAAUACAGUUUAGCUACGUGACAACUUGUGUCUUUUUUCUCCAGCUCCUUUCCUAACAUUUAGAAACGAUUUGAUUGUACAUUACGACCCAUGAGAUGGAGUCUCGAUUCCCGCCACGGUUUAAAACUCGCGCCACCACUGGGGCCCGGCAGCUGACCAAUCAGGGCUUGGCAACAACUACCAACCUACGCAGACGGCUUGGACAUUGAACAGAUUUAAGAUAUCCUAUUAAAACAAAACAUGAAUCAUAAGCGACAAUUUAAACGUACAUAUUUUGUUUUGGGUAACCUCCGACUGAGGUUGGUUUUCAGACUGUAAAGAUUAAAGUAGUGAAAAUUUUUGCCCAUAAUGGUGGCAAUAUGUGCAAGUUUGAAUCACCACAACUAACGCAGGCCGGCCUGGCUUUGUUUGUGUUUGUGUUUUGAUUGACAGAUUGACAGAAAAUGACGUCGAAGUCUUGUUGGGUUUUGGAUUUCCGAGUGCUGACAUUCCUUGUCUGUUGCGUGACAUCCCAAGAAAAUGGUGUACCUCUCCGGCCAAGGGAAUUGGUGUCCCUUUUGGAAGAGGGUAAACAGCAGUAUAACCUGGUGCAAAUGAAAACAUCUAUGCCUUCUUUUGGGAGCUGCUGGAAGGAUGCUGUUGAGAGUCUGCACCAAGGCUGUCAGCAUCUCAAUGACAACACCCAAAGUGACAUUGCCUUAGGAUUCGCCAACUGUUUCCUCCAAGGAGCAGGCCUGGCCAAGCAUGAAUGCGCUCCUGGGGACUCUGCAGCAAAGCGCAACGACUUGUGUCUGAGCAAAAUGUCAGAGAGGGCGUUCAUCGCCUACACUGAAUUCUUCACUCAUACACAGUCCAUGUGCUUCUUCAUCAUGAGCCAAGUGUGGCAUGAGGAGACAGAGAAGACCAUCGACAGGCUGUCCACAAGUGCUGCUGAUGUUGCCCGACAACUUGAGGCAUCUGAACAAGUUCAAGAAGAACUCCUAAUGCACCAACGCCAGAGUCUAGCGAUUCAAGGAGAGCUUUUAGAAAAUGGUGCUAACCUGGGAAGCAUGCUACAUGAGUCGAGGGAUAGCCUGAAUCUCAUCUUUUCCGAGUUCAGAGAAUCCACUGUGGAACAGCAGCGUUUACUUAGUAUGGUUUUCCAUCAUUUGUCAAUACUGCAGUCCUGGAUUGUCGGGGAAGUUUCCUGGGUGGAUGCCAUUGCAUUUUACAUCCCAAGUUUUGCAUUUGUGUACUUUUUAACAUCAGCACAGAGAACAGCAAGUGCUCGCAUACCGGGCCUUUUAAUGCUGCUUCUUGCUGGCCUUAUCGAACGUUUCAUAUCCUAUGUGCUUCUGGCUGACAGCGCAGAACCAACCUCUUUCCAGCCUGUUGAUGUUAUUAACGAAAGACUAAGAUGGUGGGUUUGGUUGGUACGGCGUUGUGCUGUUGCAUCAAAUACCAUGCUGCUCUUGGUAACUUUGUAUCGUUACCGAAACCGUGAAGAGGUAAUGCAUCAAUUGCUGGAACAAAUUAAGAGUCAAAAUGAGCAACUGCUGAAAUACUUACACAAAGAAGGAAUAAAACUGGAUCUAAAUGGAACAAGUCCAUCAAGAAUAUUUGAUGAUACCGACGGAGUGAAUGGAUUAGGAUACAUGCCUAUCUUGACAAGUUCUUCCUCCUCCUUGUCGGGGCCAGUUUUAACAAGAUCUUCCUCAUCCCUGUCUGAGCGAGCUGUGACUCCAAGCCUGAUGGAAUCUCCUGUGGUAAAGCCAAUCCCCCAAACACCCCCUACUUCAAAUGGGCUUAAUUCAUCGCUGAGAAUGAUGGGUAGAGGCAUUCCAACGGUCCAGUCAGCAUUCAAGCCCAUCAGAGAGGACCAUCUUCUCGAUGUCUCUGAUGUCAAUACUUCUACUGAGGAGCAAACUUCAAUCUCCAUCGUGAGUCCCUCGACUGCACGCUCCAAAGCCAGGACAAAAACCCAAGUAAAAAGUGAUAGCCCUGCAAGCACAAGAUAUAAUUUGCGAAGAAGUAGACUUUCCUCUGCCUCUCCAGCCUGAAGCAAAUCAAAAGUGUACAUAAGCAUGAUUUGUAUUUUUAUGUACCGCUGUUUUAAUGCACCGCACAUAUUGAUUGUAAUCUUACAUUCUACUUUAAGUUUUUGGCCGUUUAAGCUUUUAUGUCUCGAUCACAGAGAUAAUCUACCUUGUAAAGGUUGAUGCUUGCUGAAUGCAGGUUAGCAAAAUCUGUCUCCCACUUCCCACUUACUGUUGCGUGCCAAACGAAUGCCAAGUUUGAGAACUUUAGACAAUUCUUUCAUUCCUUUUCCUUUUAAGUUUUAUAAUUUCCUAAGUCUUCCCACCUUUUGUAAGCCUUAUGCCUGAAUACUCCUCUUAUGUUUCAUAAGACUGAUUAUUUAAAUGGAAGGCACUUAUUCUGCUUAGUUUUAUCCUGUAUUAUGGAUCUGCUUUACCUUUGCUCCUGAUAUGUUGUGAAACAACAUUGAAUAAGAAUACUGUUUUAUUAGUAAGUGAAACCAUGUCUAGUCAUGCAGUAAUACUUUUACAAAUGUACUAACAUCUGUAUUUGUUUUUAUUUAAUUUAACCAUCUCAUGAUUGUUGCUGGUGGAUGUGUCUAACUACCACUCUAGUGUUAGAAUGUACUUAUUUUUCUGGUAUUUCCAUUUACCAUUUGUGCAAUUUACUCGUUAUACUAUGUAUUUUUGUCUGGUAUUUUUAUGUAACCAAUGUGCAAUACACUCGCAUACAAUGUAAUUUUUUUCUGGUAUUUUUAUGUACCAAUAGUGCAAUGGACUCUGUAAUCUAAUGUGAUUUUUGCCUGUAUUUUUGUGCACUUAUUGUGCAUUGCUUUUUAUACGCCUCAUGAGUGUUGUUUAAUUUAUGUCCACAUGAACAUGUGAGCACAAACAUGGGAUCCCAAUGCCCUCUUUUCUUAACUUGUGCCUUAUGAUUAGGUCUUUUUACUAAUUUUUCGAAUGCAUUUAAAAGUGUUGA